AAAUUUCAACAUCAAUGUCAGCACUUUGUGAAAGAUAACCAAUUACCUAUACUCAAAACACUUUUUGAAAAUUCAUUCGCCGAAUUUUCACGAGUAUAAAUUUCCAAAUACUUCAAGUUCUUUAUUUUACAUACAGAAAAGUUCUCGACAAAGUCAAUCACUUCAGUAAGUGACCAUACAUCAACAUGGUCAGCAAAUCUCUCACAAUUAUCGCACUCCUGAUGUGCGCAAUUCUGACUCAGACCGCAGUAGCUAAAAAAAAUGAAUCAGAGGAUGAAGCGGACGACCAUUCAGAUGAUGAAUCCUCGGAAAAUUCAGACGAUAGUUCAGAAGAAGAAGAUGAUGAUGAUGACGAUGAAGACAUCGAGUUUCCUUCACUGAGUUGCCUAAUUUUCAAGGACAUCGGCUGCAAUAGUGAAUGUGGCGUGAUUAGCGACGCUUUCGGCACAAAAUCCACCGGAACUUGUGACGAACAAAAGGUUUGCGAAUGCAACGUCCAAAAUGAAACGUCUUUUGAUGACGAAGACGCUGGUAAAUUCAUCAAGAAUGGUAAACCAAACAUAUCCGCCAUAAAAAAGCACGUCUCCGAUAAACUCCCCAAAACGCUGAAAUCCUCCGAUGUUAAAAACUUAUCGGUGCUGAAAUACAAACCAAUUUUACUCGAUGCUCUCGAGGAAGCCAAAGACGAUUCCGAUGCUUUUGACCAACUAGCACUCGACAUUCGUCAAACCAAAAAUAAAUCUCUGGGCGAUAUUCUAAGCCAAUACUUGAAGAAAAAUGAACUUGAUGAACCAGAGAAAGACAAACAAGACAAGCCCAGCGUAGCUGAUAUCAUGGCAUACUACGUAGUCGACGAAUUAGUCAAGAAAGUUGACGACAAAAAAUCCACCAAAGUUGUGAAAAAGCCUACCAAGAAACCCGCCAAGAAGGCUGAAAAAACUCCAGCCAAGAAACCGAGUAAGAAAUCCACCAACAAAUCAGAUUCCUCUUCAUUGAAGGAUCGUUUCGAGCUCGAAGAUUUCGAUGAUAGUGCUCUUAAACAAGGUGGUUUAGUGAAUAAGAACUGGAGUGGAGAUGAUUACAGGGUAAGUUACCAAAGAAGCUGGGGAGGCGAUGUGAGUAUGAACUGGGUUAAAGGCCAAGACAAAGUGAGUAUAUCAAAAGCAGCUUCAGGAGCCGUCAGUCAGAACUGGAAUUUCGGAAUGGAGAAUGUUAAAGUCUCAAUAUCUAAAAGCGCUGCCGGUGACCGCAGUGAAAACUGGAAUUUUGGAACGUCCAAAUAUCAAUAUUCUAGAGCUGCCAAUGGUUAUGUUAGUUCUAAUUGGAGCACCGGUAAAGCAGAUAAUAAAACACUGAAAAAAUAUCAGCAAAUGAUCGAUGCUUGGUGUGAUGUCAACGAUUCUCUCAUUCAAAGAUCAUACUGUGUCAUUUAUAAAAUGUGAUUGACGUGUAAGAAGUAGAGAUUAUUCAUUAGCGGAUAAAAAUUGAAAAAUAUCAUGUUACGAUUAUGUUAUAGGUAUUAGAUAUUAUAUACAUAUUAUUUAUUGAAACAACUGUUCCUAAUUUUUUCCACUUCAUUAAAAUAAUCCUGGUUAAGGUGCAGUUGGAUAUGCAAAAGACUAUCACUAAGCAUAAAUUAAAAAACUAUUCUCCACACGAAAAUAACAUUAAUUGAAAAUCCCUACACAGAAAAAAUAUUGAUUGACGACUUGCAUAUUUUCAUCGGAUGAAUAAUAUUUCUACGCAAUAAAUGAUUUUUUGCAUCAAA